UGUGAAUGCGUUUUCUACGACUUGUAUCCUCCGACCCUUCAAUGGUUUGCGCCAUGUGAAUUUACGACCAUAUACAGCUCAAAAUUAAGAGGAAAGAAAGAGGAAAGAACGAGGACAAAGAGAAGAGAAAUACAUUUCGACUGACUUUGGAGGAUUUCUUUUUAAUUUUCAAGGAGUCAAUUUGUUUUGUUUGCCUUGACCAAAAUCCUCAUUUGCAGCAUUUGAAAAUCACCCAUCUUAUCGUAUCACAAGCAAAAAACUCCCCGAUCGAAUACUCAACUCAACAAGUACAACCCUUUAAAACCUCCAGGGACACCAUUAUUUCAGCAGUACACAUAUGCCGAGUAUUAAUUGUCCAAUUCUAUCCCUCACGAAAAAUUUGCAGCAAUUUCCGCACCACCGUCGGCGUUUGAUAUCAAAAUGGAGCACAAUCACAUGUUAGGGGAAUGCCCCCCAUCCUACGCAUCUCACGACCCUCAAUCCUUGAAUUUACCUUCUAUACCUACCACGGAACCACCAUCGAUUCAUCAUGACCGAGUUCUACCCCCAUUACCUCCUAUGUCUGUAGAGCAGAAAUAUCGGCAAGAACCAGUUUUAGAAGUACAAUCAACAUGGCCGUCUUCGAAUCCUUUAACCGCAUAUUAUCAACCAGGUCCCUCGCAGCUAUCGCCUAAAGCAACAACCAGAAGAAACACGGAUUCGCCGAACGCUAUGGACUUAGAUUUAUCAGAUAAUAGAGCAAGGCGGGGAGGGAGUGUGCUAUCUAUAGACGAUCCAGAUGUGCGACUUGCUGCUGAAGCAUUAGGUGAUCUUCGCGCCGGUAGGUUUUUUUUGAAGAAUUUUCGAUAUCUUAAUUUUAAUUUCAUUGGCAGAUUUCAUACAGUCUCCUCCUCAUCAUCAUAACAAUGCUGCUUCCAACUCGCCUCGAUUUAGACAAGGUAGUUCAACACAACCGGAACCUCUCCUCUCUCUCCUCACCACAUCCCACCCGUUCAUUGGUAACGCGAUAGGUGGUUCUUUAUCCGCAUAUUCGGCUUCCAAGAAUUAUAGUCCUCGUUUCAAAUCUAGCGCAGAAUAUGUUGAGAGAAGGAUUACUCCCGUCGUCAAUACAAUCAAUUCCGUUAAUCGUAUCACUGGAGUUGAAGGGGGUGUACGUUGGUUCCUUGGUGGUCGUCGACCAAGUCAUCAUGGUCCUUCCGACACGGAGUCCGACUCCCCUUCUCAUAAACGUCGAAAGGUCAAUACCUCUUCUCCAUCCGACCUCGAAGGACAGCCCAUGCAGCUUGAAGUCCAAUUUGAUCAACAACGCCGUCGUCGACCCAGUCAGGUAUCGACAACGGAUAGCCUUCCUGCAUAUGAUGAUCAGCGCAGUCCCAGCUACGAAGCCACACAACAAGCCUUGAUACCAUCGAACCGGAGGUCGGAUGAAUCCGCAUCGCCUGGUAGCUCAUGGCAAUCCCGUCUUGUCCUCUCGACCUCGGGACUUAGUGUCGCCAUGUCAGAAGAGUCACUCAGAAGUCUGAAAUACUGUCUUAGUUGGAUUCGUUGGGCAAAUGAGCACAUAGGAAAGCUCAUUGUGGCAUUGAAAUCAGUUUUGGAGCAAUAUGAUAAUUCUGGCACCAUUGCUGACGCCCCUUAUUCCGACAAACGAACUGAUAAUAAUCAGAGACAAGUGGUACUUCAUACAGAUGACCAACGGUCAGCCUUGACUGCAAAAAUUGCACAAUUAAACAAGGAUGUUUUGAAGACCCUAAAAGAGGUGGUGGACAUCGUCUCGAAAUAUGCUGGCGGUGCUUUACCUGAAAAUGCUAGAGAUCUUGUACGUAGGCACUUAACAUCCUUGCCUCGAAGAUUUCAAAUUGCAAAUUCCGUUUCAAAUGGUGAGAAUAGGAGCCAUCGGGAUGGAGAUAGUGAGGCCAAAGAAGGUGCGCAGAGGGUUAUGGUGUUGGCGAAAGAAGGUUUGGAUAUGAUGACUCAAGUAUCAGGAGUUUUAGACGGCACUAUUGUUAGUGCGGAAGAAUGGUGUGAGAAGUUAGGUCGAAAGAAGCGGGAAGAAAGGGAAGCUGCUACUCCACAAGAUGAAAAGAUGACGAAUGAUGGAAGUGAAAAUGAAAUUACGGAAAUGUUACCCGUCCCAAGUGGAGACGUCAAGGUGGGCUUCACGGGAUUUGGUGAAGAGAGACCUACACUCGUUUAAGAACUCAAGACACUCUUUCGUCCAUAUUUUGUUUUUAACUGUGGGCACACGGCCACAUGUGAUGGAGUACUUCUGGACAUGGAAUUGGAAAGACAUGAAAAUUGGCGUAUUGAUAUCGGGGAAUCCAGGCGUCGAAUUGUGAAAUUGGAUAAAUGGCGAAGCGCGAAAGGGAAAUAUGAGAAAUGGUUAUAUCUCUUCUGGUUCAUCGAGAUAGUUUUGCUAUAUACCAUACGCGUUACUGGGAUUUGUACUGUACUGUACUGUUGAUGGAUUUGUGAAAUGUGG